AUGCCGACGGCGGCGACGCAGAUCGUCACGUUCGACGGGGAGUACGACGAUGCGGCGCUGGAUGACGUCUUGCGCGCGGAGAACGCGGGGAAGACGUUCGCGUCGGGGUACCAGAUCGUGGCCAUCAUGGGACCGCAGAGCAGCGGGAAGUCGACGCUUCUGAAUCACGCGUUCGGGACGACGUUUCGAGAGAUGGACGACGCGCUCGGACGGUCGCAGACGACGCAAGGGGUGUGGUUGGCGAGGAGCGAGACGUGCGAGACGGCGACGCUGGUGAUGGAUUUGGAGGGGACGGAUGGACGCGAACGAGGGGAGGAGGACACGGCGUUUGAAAAGCAGACGGCGCUCUUCGCGAUGGCGACCGCGGACGUGUUGCUGGUGAACAUGUGGUGCAACGACAUCGGUCGAGAGCAGGCGAGCGGGAAACCGCUGCUGAGGACCAUCUUCGAGGUGAAUCUUAAGGUUUUUUCUCCAGAGAAGAAGACGAUGCUGUUGUUCGUGAUUCGCGACCGCUCGAAGACGCCGUUCGAGCGCCUCGUGGAGGGCUUGAGGCAGGAUUUGGAAUCCAUCUGGCGCGGCAUCACGAAGCCGGAUCGAUACAUCAAUAGCUCGAUCAACGAUCUGUUCGAGCUCAAAUUUACAUCACUUCCGCAUUACGAACACGAGCACGACUUGUUCGUGUCCGAGGCCAAGGCACUGCGGGACCGCUUCGACGCUCCGAGCUCGGACGUGAACAGCCUGCGUGCGACGGCGCCGGCGGUCCCGAUAUCGGGGCUGGGUGUGUCCAUGCGCGAGGUCUGGGCCACGGUGAAGGCGAACAAAGACUUGGACCUUCCAGCGCACAAGAUCAUGGUGGCGACGGUGCGCUGCGAGGAGAUUGCGGACUCCGCGCUCGCAAAGAUCGUUGAUUCGGACGAUUUGUCCGCGUUACUCGCCGCGGCCAAGAAGGGCAAGAUCCCUCAGCUCGUGGCGAAGAUCCAGGCGAUGACGGACGCGGCUGUGAAACCGUACGACGAAGAAGCCGGAUACUUUGUCAAGGAUGUGCGAGAGGCGAAGCGCGUCGAUUUGAAGGUGCGCAUCGCCAAGACGCUCGGUGAAGUCGUCAGCGCGCACCUCGAGCAUGUUCGGGACGAAAUCGUCGAUUCCCUAGCGAAUGAGGUGAAUGCGACCUUAGGAGACGCAUCGGCCGCGUAUGCACUCGGGAAGAAGCGCAUAGAGGGUCGAGUUGGAUUUGCGGAAUUCGUCAAGUCGACGUUCGCCAAGGUUGAUUUGCAGUGGGAAGAAAAGCUCGAAGAGGCGCUACCCACGGACGAUCUCGCCUGGGCCGAUUUCGUAGUCGAAGAAACGAAAGUGUUCCAGAAGUUGAUCGAUCAAGUCGUCGAUUCGCUGCGUAAGGAGCGUAUGAAUUUGACCAUUCACGCGUGCGAGCGCGCAAUGGAACGCGGCGUCGGCGGGCAAACCAUCGGGUUACUGGAAGAAGCUCCGCGCGAUAUGUGGCACAGGCUGCGCCAAAUGCGAACAACCGCAACGGAGAAAUGGGACAAGGAGACCACGGAUGCCGUGAGCGAGUUCGAGCCGAUUGCUCAGGAGCUGCAGAAAUUUCAUGAAAACAUGCGUGACCGAAUCACCGAGGUCGUAGACGCGAAGGCGCGCGAUGCCGCCACCGCGGCUUCGAUGCACAUGAAACAGGCAUUUGCACGAGUAUUCUCGAAAGACAGCAAGGGUUUACCGCGGGUGUGGCGUCCCUUGGACGACGUGGCUGGGAUCAACAAGAAGGCACAACGCGAGGCGCUACGAGUGUUGGCGCUCCUCGCGGUCACUCGGUUGGACGACGGCGCGGACAAGAAGAGUGACGACGUAGCCAUCAAGGCGAUUGAGACCGCGUUGUAUGGGUUAAUCCCAUCCGAGACGUCGUUCGCGGAGGCGCAAGAGGGCGAAGAAGCGACGCCGUCCACAACGGAGAGCGUCGCUGCGUCUCUGCCAACGGAAUGGGAGGGCGAGAGCGAUGCCAACGUCGUCCUGAGCCCGGCCGAGUGCCGCACGCUUUGGCUUCAGUUCGAAUCCGAUACGUUGUAUGCGGUUUCUCAGGCGAUGGCGGCGAAGGAAGCGGCCCGACGCGCCCUCACAGGUGGCGCUCCUAUCUGGAUGAUUGUUCUGCUCAUGGUGCUGGGCAUGAAUGAAAUCAAGUGGCUGCUCACGCACCCCGUGACACUGUUCCUUCUCGUCGCCGUCGGCUUGUACGCUCGGGCGAUUUACAACCAGCUGGACGUCGCAUCGGCGAUGCAGCUCGGUCUCGUUCCUGGUCUCGGCAUCCUGGCGACGAAAAUCAUCCCAAUAGGCUUGAGCAUUCUGAAAAAGCUCGCCGACGAAGGCGCCGCGUCGUGGGCGCCUGAAUCCAGAGAGCGUCCCGUCGACGCAGUCACCGCGGGAACCGUCACUGGCCACGCUGGUGCGCACCAAGCCGCCGGCGCGUACGCAGACAUCACGGCUGACGGCGUUCGUCGCCGACGAACCGCCGCCGACUGA